UUGGAAUUGUCUUGUACUCCCCCGCUGGAAAACAAGCAGCGCAAAACCUUUCCAUCCAAGAUAUCUACACAGCACCUUUUGAUGAAUGGGUCUAAAUCAAGAAACCUCCCCAAAACGAGAGGUCCAAACAGUAAGUUAAUGGAGAGCAGGCCAUCAGUAUUAGCAAAAUUUCUCCCUGGUGGUUCUGGACAGGAGCUAGGAAACACCAGCAGCUCAGAAGGGGAAAAGGAUUCUCCACCACCAGAGUGGGACUCUGUGCCUCUUCACAAAGCUGGCAGCUCUACGGACAACCUUUAUAAACUCUCUUUACAAACCCUGAACGCAGAUGCUUUCCUGAAACAGCGACAGCCCUCGCCAACACCUGCCUCUCCGUCUCCUCCUCCUCCUCCUGCAUCUUUAGCUUUUGGGCCCCGAGGGGGCACUUACAGCAGCAUUGUGAACAGCAGCUGCAGCAAUGAAACGAAAAGCAAGCAGCCUAACGGUACCAAACAUAAACUGGCAAAGGCAGCUUCUCUUCCAGGCAGGAAUGGUAACCCCACUUUUGCUGCUGUAGCUGCAGGUUAUGACAAGAGCCCAGGUGGCAGUGGUUUACCAAAGGUUUCUCCAAGCAAGAUGGAUGUUUCCAGCAAUACCAGCAUUUCCCACACAGUUGUUGACAGUGAUGGCUCUGACAGUUCGGGUUUGUGGAGUCCUAUCAGCAAUCCCAGCAGUCCUGACUUCACACCUCUCAAUUCAUUCUCUGCAUUUGGACAUUCUUUCAACUUAACUGGAGAGGUUUUUAGCAAACUUGGUUUAGCUCGAUCUGCUUAUGGGCAGGAUGUUCAGAGAAACUGGAGUGAAUUCAAUAAUGUUCCAUCAUCCAUCUGGGAUCCUUCAGCUACGGAUUCUGUACCCUCCUGGCCAACAAGCUCGAGUUCCCCGACUCAUACAACUGCAUCGAUCCUUGGCAACCCAAGCGGCCUGUGGUCCACCACUCCGUUCAGCAGUUCCAUUUGGUCAAGUAAUCUCAACAGUGGCCUUCCCUUCACCACUCCAACAAACGCGUUGUCAGGCAUUGAUCUCAUGGGUAGUGAAAACUCCUCCGCUGCUGCUCCUCCACCCGCUGCUGCCACCGCUGCGCCUUCCACCGUUGCCAAGCCUGCUGAAGACAUGGGACAGACCUACAAUCCUUGGAGAAUUUGGAGCCCAACAAUUGGAAGAAGAAGUUCAGAUCCUUGGUCUAAUUCACACUAUCCUCAUGAAAACUGAAGUUAAGCAAAAGGAAAGAACUCUUAUCCAGGUCAUGAUGCAAUUCUGAAUGCAAAUUUUUGAAACAUCAUUUUCAGGCUGUUGCUGGUCAUUGCUCCCCCCCUCCCCCCUGCCAGUCAUGCUUUCAUCACUUGCUCCUUUUUAAAGUCUGUCCUGCAAUAUGGUAGUGUGAGAUUGCAGAUAAGCUUGAAAAAGCCUGGGUGUGGUCACAAAUCCCAACUACAGCUGAAGCCUGUAAAUCUGAACAAUUUCACUGGUUUCAUAUUUUGACAUCUGCCAUCUUUAUUUAGGAAACAAUUUGAACUAUAAAAUAAGUGGUCCUGGCAUGCAAUACUUCUAUGAAAAGUACUGGUUUGGGUUUUUAAAUUUUUUCCAGUAUUAUCCUCCAAGUUCUAAUUUAAAGUCAAAAGGCACUUUGUGCUAAAAUGCAGAGUAUUUUUUUAAAAUAAGGCUGUCUUUGUUAACACAGGUUCUAAGAAUGU